AUGCCCAACCGUCAAAUCAUUCAGGUGUUUGAGGAGUACCAGAAGGCACGCGUCAAGUUCGUGCAGACGGUAGCGGACUUGGCCUCCAAGCCGCAGCACAUUGAUGCGCUGCAGCAGGCCGGUGUCAUGCAGCUGCUGCGCCCCCUUCUUUUAGACACUGUGCCGUCCAUUCAGCAGUCCGCCGCGCUGGCGCUGGGCCGCCUCGCCAACUACAACGAGGAGCUCGCCGAGAACGUCGUCUCCGGUGAUAUUCUGGCCCAGCUGGUGUACUCCCUGGGCGACCAGAGCCGCUUCUACAAAAAAUCGGCGGCCUACGUGCUGCGCAGCGUUGCACGGCACUCGCCGCAGCUCGCGCAGGCGGUGGUGGAAAGCCAGGCGGUGGAGGCGCUCGUCGGCUGCCUUGAGGAGUUCGACCCGACCGUCAAGGAGAGCGCCGCGUGGGCGCUCGGCUAUGUUGCGCGGCACAACGCGCAGCUCGCGCAGGAGGUGGUGGACAAGGGCGCCAUCCCCCCGCUGGUGCUGUGCGUGCAGGAGCCGGAGCUGUCGCUAAAGCGCACCGCCGCGUCGACGCUGUCGGAUAUCGCGAAGCACCUGCCGGAGCUCGCGCAGGCGGUGGUCGACCAGGACGCCGUGACGCACCUCGCCCCGCUCAUUACCAGCAACGACGGCAAGCUAAAGCGNCAGGUGUGCCAGUGCCUCGCGCAGAUCGCGAAGCACAGCGUGGAGCUGGCGGAGCUGGUGGUGGAGGGCGAGAUCUUCCCGAAGAUAUUCGCACUGCUGAAGGAUAGCGACGAGGUGGUGCGCAAGAACGCCGCCACGUGUAUUCGCGAGAUCGCAAAGCACACGCCGGAGUUGGCGCAGCUCGUUGUGAACGCCGGUGGUGUUGGCGCGCUCGUCGACUACACGAGCGAGUCCCGCGACAGCGCCCGCCUGCCUGGCAUCAUGACGCUCGGCUACAUCUCCGCAUUCUCCGAGACGCUUGCGCUGGCGGUGAUCGUGUCGCACGGCAUCGCACCACUCGCGCAAGCGCUGGAGAAGGAGCCGGAGGACCACAUCAAGGCGGCAGCCGCGUGGUCGCUUGGUCAGAUUGGCCGCCACAGCGCCGACCACGCCAAGGCGGUGGCCGACUGCAACGUGCUGCCCAAGCUGCUCGACGUGUACCUCGCCCCCGGCAGCUCCGACGACCUCCGCACGAAGAGCAAGCGGGCGCUGAAGAACAUCAUCCAGCGAUGCGUGCAGCUGCCGGCGUUGGAGCCACUGCUGCACCCCGACGCCCCGCAGAAUGUGCUCAAGUACGUCUGCGGGCAGUUUGCGAAGGUGCUCCCCACCGACAUCGCGGCAAAGCGGGAGUUCGUUGCGAACCGCGGCCUCGCAACGGUGCAGCGCAUUCGCGCCGAGCCGGGCUCGAAGCUGGCGGAGUACAUCCAAAGCAUCAACAACUGCUACCCGCCGGAGAUUGUGCAGUACUACUCGCCGCAGUACGCGCAGACGUUCCUGGAGAAGAUAGAGAACUACCACGUCCAACAGGUGCAGCAGCACUGA